AUGAAUGUCCUCUCAGUACUACUGACUGUAUGUCUAGUUGGAUUCUGCCACUGUGAAGGUAACGGUAGUCUCCGCAAAGAGGCUGUAACUGUCACUCUUGACCUCUCUAACCCAGACUCUUCCUCAUUCUCUCUGGGCGAUGAUAAGAUCUAUGGAGUGGGUCACAAGGCUUUUGUUCCAAAGGAGGGAUCUGUUGUAUCAGCUAUAGUAGAUGGAGCAUCUGCUGUAUGGAAGGGUCAAGGUAAAAAGUCUGUCGGUGCCUAUCUAUUCUCCAAGGAAGGUCAUCCCUCUCUUCUCAGUGUCUAUACAAAAGGUGUCGAUGAUGUGACCCUUUGUUUUGAGAAAGUUGGUGGAGCAUGGAAGACUGUGGACAAGUUGGAAUUUGAAACUAAACUUCGCUCAAUGAAGGAGUUUUUGGUGACUGUUGGUGAGAAGCUAGUACCUGGAGGUCUGCCAGAGGAGACUGUAGGAGGUUCACAGGAACCUGCUGAGCUUGACUUUGCUAGCCUCGGAUGUCCAUUGGGAGGAUGUUCAGGUGCAGGUCCAGCUAAACAUGUGAACGAAAAAGUAGGUUCAGCUGGAGAACCUAACUUUGCUAACCUUGGGUGCCCAUUGCAAGGGUAA